UCCGGGCCCUCCGAGUCUCAGUUGGCAAUUGGCGUGGGAGGAGGAGAGACACGCACGGUCCCGCUCUCUCUCUCUCUCUCUCUUUGCCCUUAUCCGUACCUGAUUUUUGUUUGGGAGAAGAACGUUUCUCGCUGUUGUGCCUUAUUAUCUGCGUGUGCUUUUUAUUACUAUUUUUUUAUAUGUCUUUCCGAAACUGUGGAUAAGAAAGGAAGGAAGAGGGAGCUGUGUGUACAAAUAUAUAUAUAUUUUUUAUACUAAAUGAGGCAACUGGAGAUGUCAAUGCGUUCUGAUAAAUGGACGAAUAUAUAUUUUUGAUGAUUACCACGUGAUGCGUCGAGAUGUCGAGUACAUAACCCCGAGGCUCGAUUUCCGCCAGGAGCACUCCACAAUUCUAAUAAUAAAUGCAAGUGAGAGAAUCACAUCGAAGGAUAUUGACCCUAUUGUCUUGAUAUGAACUGUGCCUCGUAAAACCCGAAAAAGAAAAUCAUCCCUCCAUUUAAAACAAACACAAACCUUCAAAACGAAUUAAUUAAACCGUAUGCUUAAGAAACAGCUUGAUCUCGACACCCCAUUGACCACACCGAUGUAAAAGCAAAAGCGCCCAGGGCAGAGCUUCCCCACUACAUAUGCAUCGCCAGCCAGGGGGACGAGAGACAUAACUGGAGUGACAAUGUUGGUGUUGUGGUUCACUCAGCGGUUCUAUCUGUUGGUUGUAACGCAUGUGUGGUUGGUUCUCCUCCAGGGGGCGCUGCAGGAACUCAAGAUCUACAGCUCGCCAGAUCUCGCGGCCGUUCAGUGCGAUAACAACUUUGCGUCUUUUGCUUUUGGUUCCGGAGACGGCAGAGGAGAUGUCGGCAUUAUGGAAGACUACUUCGCGCCCGACAUGGAGGAGGACGACGAGUCACCGCUGCCGAGAUUCGAGGGUUCGGGAGUCGGCCUCGAGGGAGCGCCCCCCCGCCUGCCGCCGCCCCCGCCCCUGCACGACCACUUUGGAAUCCCUGGCCCGAAAGGUGACAAGGGACAGCGGGGCCCUCCAGGCGAGAGUGUAGCUGGCCCACCCGGCCCACCCGGCCCACCCGGCCCACCUGGCCCGCCUGGCGCAACGGCGUACAUGAACCCGGGCCUGAAUAUGCCGGAUUUCGGCUCCGGAGCGGGAGAGGAUUUCAUCCCCGAGAUGGACUUCAGCGGGAGUCGGCGAGCGCCGCCCGCGCCGCCCGGACAGUGCACGUGCAAUGAGACGUCGUUAGUGGCCUCGAUCCUAGCGCAGAUCCCGCGCGGCCCCCCCGGCGAGGACGGCAAGGCGGGCAGGGACGGGAUGCCCGGGAUCCCUGGCACCUCCGGCCGCCCUGGGCCCCCGGGGGAGAGGGGCCCCAUCGGAGGCAGGGGCGAGAAGGGCGACCGCGGCGAGAGAGGCAAUCCAGGACCCGAGGGCCAGCAGGGCGCGAAGGGCGAGUCGGGCAUGGACGGCGCCCCUGGGAUGCCCGGCGAGAGAGGCCCCCAGGGACCCCCCGGGAAGCCGGGCUGGGGGAACUCCAGAUAUGACGUGGACAGCGGCCUGGCCAUGGCACCGGCGAGACCUGGCACUCCUGGCGCUCCGGGCGAGAAAGGGUCCCCGGGGGCACCUGGCAUGCGUGGCACUCGAGGGUACCCCGGAGCCAAGGGGGACAGAGGCGAGCCCGGCCUGCGAGGCGACAAGGGGGACACGGGCGAGGCGGGAAGGAGCGGCCCGGCAGGACCUAAGGGCGAACCAGGAUCUCCCGGUAUGAACGGCGCCCCGGGUCCUCCAGGCUUCAUCGGGGUUCCUGGCGACAAGGGCGAUAAAGGUGAACGAGGUGAAACAGGUGUCGGGUCACCGGGUCCCCCAGGCAGACCAGGAGGGCUGACGCAGGAAGACCAUAAGGCUAUUGUCGAACAGGUGCUGGAGACUCUGGAAAGCAAGCACGGAGGCGUUGGAGUCACGCUUGGCUCUGGUAUCAACGUUUGGGACGCCCCUGGUAUGCCCUGGAGCGCAGUCAGCGAUGAUGAAGAUGUCUACCUUGAGGGAUCGGGAGGUCUGGAAUACAAACCUUUCUACCCUAAUCAGCUGAAGGGCUUCCGCGGGCCCCCGGGACCCCCUGGGCUGCCGGGACCCCAGGGCAUCGAGGGCAUCCAGGGCCUGAUGGGACCCCCGGGCGACAUAGGGCCCCCGGGGCGGCCGGGACUCGACGGACUACCGGGAGCGAGGGGACCCCAGGGCGAGAGAGGAACCCCCGGCCCCAAGGGAGAGCGAGGCUCUUCAGGGCCUGGAGGAGAGAAGGGAGACCGAGGCGCCCCUGGCCUUCCUGGGCCUUCGGGGCCUGUCACAACGCUCAUCCAACCUGACGGGACCAAUGUUACUGUAGUGAAGGGUGAAAAGGGCGAUCGUGGUAGGCGGGGCAAGCGAGGUCGACCUGGUCCCCAAGGGCCUCCAGGGGCUGUAGGGGACCUGGGUCUUCCUGGAUGGCCGGGCGCCGCCGGACGACCUGGCCCCCCUGGCCCGCCCGGACUGCCAGGCCUCGGCCAGAAGGGCGACCGAGGCCAAGUGGGGCCACCCGGCCCGCCUGGCCCGCCCGGACCCUCCUCCGGCGGACUCCUCAAUAGCAUCUUGGGCACAAGCAGCAGCGACGUCGCCGAGACCGCCUCGAGAGGCAGCCUCCCGGGUCCCUCCGGCCCUCCAGGUCCCCCCGGCCCCCCCGGCCCCCCAGGACCCCCGUCCAGGAGCCCGGGGGAGACCGACGGCGGCCAGAUGUACGUGCCAGUGCCCGGCCCCCCCGGCCCGCCUGGACCUCCGGGACCACCGGGGUUGCCUGGCUACCCCAUCGAGGGCCCAGAGGGUCCCCGUGGCCCGCCUGGCCCUCCUGGACACACCGUCCCUGGCCCACCCGGAGCGUCUGGGCCAAGAGGUCCCCCGGGGUAUGGCCAGAGAGGAGAAAGCUUGGGAGGCAUCGAAGGCCUGCGCAGGAUCACAGGAAACCUUGGUAACAGAGGACCCCCAGGGCCCCCCGGACCCCCAGGCCCCCCAGCCAGCGGAGAGCCUUCGCCCUCUUCGGCCAUCGUGCCCGGCGCCGUCACCUUCCCGGACAAAGCGUCUCUGUUGAAGAUGAGCGACAUGUCUCCCGUGGGAACCCUGGCCUUUGUGAUCGACGAAGAGGCGCUUCUGGUCAGAGUCUCGUCGGGGUGGCAGUACGUGGCGAUGGGAUCAGUGAUUCCUUUACCCACGACCACCCCCGAGCCAGCCACGACCCCAGAGCCCCCAGUGGCGCGGCCUCCUCCCCUCCAGGUGGACUCCCUCGUCAACACCGUCGACGGACCCCGGCUAAGACUGGCCGCCCUCAACCAGCCAUACACAGGAGACAUGCAUGGUGUUCGAGGGGCGGACUACUCCUGCUACAGAGAGGCGCGCAGGGCGGGUCUCAGGGGCACCUUCAGGGCCUUCCUCACCUCCAGGGUGCAGAAUCUGGACUCCAUCGUGAGGUACUCCGACAGGAACUUGCCGGUGGUUAAUACGAAGGGAGAAGUCCUCUUCAACACGUGGCGAGAAAUAUUUUCGGGAACGGGAGGAAUAUUCUCUCAGAAGCCAAGAAUCUUCAGCUUCGAUGGAAAGGAAAUUUUGACCAAUUCUGCCUGGCCGCAGAAGUACAUCUGGCACGGCUCCGACCUCCAUGGCGAGCGCUCCCUCUCCUCGUAUUGCGACGCGUGGAACAGCGAGAGCGGCGACGUCGUGGGUCUCGCCUCGUCGCUCCUGAAGAACCGGCUCCUGUCGCAGGAUCGCCUCGGCUGCCACAACUCGUUCGCCGUCCUGUGCAUCGAAGCCACUAGCCAAGCACGGUAUCGGAGGCGGCGUCACGUGACCUCGCCCGAAGCUGAAAUGAGCCUCGAGCAGUACGAGCAGUUCCUCCAGGGGAUCGACAAGGCGAAUGAGGGGAACUGAGAAGACCAGGAGGUGGAAGGAUCUUAAUAUUUAAAUACUGAGCGUACGUUCGUCUCCUUUUUUAUUUUCCUCUUUUUUUUUUUUGGUUUAUUAUUUCUUAAAAAUUCCCGUGGCACUUCGUUGUUUGAGGAAUGACGGUUGAUAGCACAAGAAAAGGGGAAAAAAAGACAGUUUCAGAUUUCCCGGUGGACUGACGAUGUGACAGAAAACAAACACAGGAGAGGUGAUCGCUACGCAGUCAGAGACGGAGAGAGGGGAAAUAAAGUUCAUAUAGAGAAAAAAGAGAGAAAUGGAGAGAUAAAACACGGAAGAAAAAUUAUAAAAAGUAAGAAAUGAAAGAAUAGCGAAAAAUGGUUCCUAUAUUUUUUGCACACAUUCUCCACUGUUUGAUCAAAAAAAAGAAAAAAACUUUGGCUUCCUCUUUCCCACACUCCAGGACCGGCAACUUUGCUCAAAGGAGGAACUCAAGGAUACCUUUUGUGUUCGACAGCAGUAGUGAUGGAAUUUGUUGAAGCCUGCCGCUGCUAUACUCAGAAAUAUCCUGAUCAUGAAUUUUAUACAUACAUUCAUAUUCGGUCUCUAUUUUCCCGUAUGAAUUUCAUUUUUUUUUCUUGAUGUUUAUUUUCCUCGUAUGUGUCCCUUUUUUUUUGGAUAAUAUCUUUCCUUUCUUAUUCUUCCUUCCAAACGUACAGGGAAGAAAAGCGAGCUGAAUAAACCUCGCCCAAAGCAGUGAAAGAAGGGUUAAAGAUUUCCUUAUACUGAGUCCCACGUGCACGAUAUCCUAACACACACACUUAAAAAAACACACUUUGUAUAAUAUCACCAACGAUAAGCUACAACCUUCAUUCUUGUUAUCAUAACAGACCAUCUUUGUGUCGUUGAGAUAACCUGUAUAUUGAUAACAGUGUGAGUCUUUGAGAUAUUUGACUCUGCACUGUGUAUGUUUUAUUGUGUACACACGUGCAGUUUAUUUAAUGUUUUAUGUAUUGCUUAGGAAUUUAAAUUAGAUGACAUGCUGAUGGUAGGAAGUUUUAAGCUGUAGUCUCAUUCCAGAAGCGGUAUUAGUGUUAUCAUUAUUAUUUUUUUUUUAUCUUUAUUGCUAUUCUUAUUAUUGUUAUUACUUUUCAUAAAUUCUGACACUGGAAAAACGAAAGAAAAAAUACUCAUACAUAUGCGAUUAAAUUAUUUCGUUUGUGUUUUCAAACCUAAGUUCAUUGCUUUUGAUAUCGUGUUCUUUAUAAUGUUUUUGUUGAUAUGUAAUUUUUUCGAUGUAAGGAAGAAUAGCCCUUAUUUUUGUUUUGAUAAACAUUAUAAUUAAUGCAUAAUGAGUGGAUGCUCAUGGGACAUUUUCUCUUGUAUCAUUAUUAUCAUUGUUAUUAUUAUUAUUAUUAUUAUUAUUAUUAUUAUUAUUAUUAUUAUUAUUCAGUUCCAAUUCCAGUUCCCAAAGCUUAGUAGCAUAGAUUCAAGAUGUUUAACUUUGCCGGAUCUUUUGUCCAAGAAACACACCAGUAACAUUUUUUAAAAAUUACUAACAAAUGCUAGGUUGAUGUUGUACUGUGUGAAUCCAAUAGAUCUGCAGUGAAUUGAAAGUAAUGAUAAACCAGAGUUAACGGCCAGGGAUCAGUUAUAUUUGUGACGACAUAUGCUCACAGAGCGUGCCAUUUCGCGUUUAACUGCCGAGGACGUGUCAGGGAAGGUCUCUUGGGCUCGGCGUUGGAAAGGGGUUGUUAGUGCCAGUGCCAGGGCCAGUAGCAGUGCGUGUCGGACUUCUUCGAGUGUGUGUAUAAGGCCCCCCUCCUCUCUACAGGAAGCAAGAUAUUCCAGAAAAUGUUUUAAAAGGAAGAGGAAAAAGUUGAUAAUCCCUUUUGGACGAAGAGGGAAUUAGAAAGAGACAAAAGUUUGAUAAUCCCUUUUAAGCGAAGAGGGAAUAAGAAAAAAGGAAAAGUUUGAUAUUCCUUUUAGACGAGGAGAGGUAGGCGAGAGGGGAGGGCCCAAUACAUCGAAAGAAAUACGACACUUACGUAUUGCUGUUGGCAGAACCGCAGUUGCUCUUGGGUGCUGGUUAAGAGGCGUGGCAGGUAAGGGGCGUGGCAGUUAAGAGGCGUGGCAGUAUCUGUUAACUUAAAUCGUAGGUGCUAGAAUCCUCAAGUCGGUUUAAUGCUAAAAGUCUGGACUGGUAAACACAUUAACGAGAGGGAAACACUUUACCACAUGAUGCUUGAGGUACUGUGUGAGUUUAGUUAAUAUCAUAGUAUUACACUGGUUAGUAUCAUACCAGUUGGUAGAACUCUAGUAUCCACUAAGACCGUGUGUUCAGUAUGCAUUAUAUUUUGUACUAGCUUCAUUUUUUUCCGCUUGCAUCAUAAUGUAUUUGGAGUCUUGCUAGCAACACUUUUUCGUGCUAGCGUUUUCAUGUAUAUUUGUAUCAUACCACCUGCUGGCGUCUGUGUUUCUUCUAGCUUUGUAAGUCCCAAACUAACAUAAAUUUCUUUGUUAGAAUCAUACCUUAGCGUUAUAUCCAGGGCUAGUAUUUUCGUAUACAGUUAUUAUGCCAUCUGCUGGUAUUAGAGAAUUAAAGAAUUUACUGGUACCGUGUUAUACUAUCUGCUAGCGACACACUUUAGCUAGCAUUGUGCCACCGUGAGAGUUAAAACUUGACAUUAGCAAAACGCCAGAAGCGGUUCACGGAGGUCACCUUUUUUGCGGUAUAAGGAUGGACGUCCCUCUCAGCACAUAAAGGGGAGAUCUCUUUCCAUGUAAAGGGGGUUGUUUCUGGUAGCCUCCUCUUAUGGUACGACGGCUUUCCCUCUGUGCAAUGAGGGGAUAUUUCUCUCCUUGUUAGAGUGGAAGUACCUCUGCUUAAGGGAAGAAAUCUAUCAGAAGGGCUGACGUCCUUCCCUGUGCUAGGGUGUGAGAUCCCCUCAAUUAGGAUUUUCGUCCCCACUCUACAUGAAAGUUGGACCCCCCUUAAUGCUAGGAUGGUCGACCCCACUCUACAUAAAAGCUGGACCCCCGUUAAUGUUAGGUUGGUCGACACCUGUGUGUAAAAGACGGGAUUCUCUCUCUGCUUACGAGGUGGUCUCCCUAUUAAUUCCAGGGUUGUCGUGUUUCCUGCUAUGUAAUGGAAGUCCCUCUGCCCAUGCUAAAUACCGCAGUGCAAGUGAUGGUAUAUAUAAAAAAUAAAAAAAAUUCUGUGCAUAUUGAUGUGUUACUCAUGUAUUUACAUGUAAUUACAAACUCGUCACAGUGUUCUUCCAGUCAGGUGUAGAGACUCCUAGUGUAGAAUUGUUAGGUGUUUUAUAUUAAAGUCAAUACCUCAUUCUGAGCUUACCUGGCAACGUACUCUUAUUCACUUCAACUGUUACACUAAUUCUGUGAAAUGAGAAAAUAAUGUACGAAUAACAAGCUGAUGAUUAAUUAAGAGAAAAAAGAAAAGAAAAUUAAGCAAUGAAUUGGCAGACAAUACUGAUGCAUUUAGUUUAACCGUGAGCUGAUUUCCACCGCUUUUAGAUUAGAUAGAUGCUGACCUUUUAUUUCACUUGUGCUUGAAUGUAUGAGAGAGUAUUUAAGGUAUAUGGAGCGUGUGUGGAUGUCUGUACGUUAGGACCACACACGUGGGUACAUGUGUGUGAGACACAGAGAGAGAGAGAGUACAUCUGUAGAUUUGUAAUUGAAUUUUCGUGUUCAUAUUUAAGUUAUAAGUUUGUGUAGUUCUUGAAGUAUAUAUAUAUAUAUAUAUAUAUAUAUAUAUAUAUAUACAUAUUUACACACACUUCUCAUCUACGCAGGGGGAAAUGGAUCUGAAAACAACUACACACAAACGCACAAUAUUCUUAUCCUGUACAUUUUGUUUAUCUUAAGAACAAAAUAGAUCUUAAAGUAUUGAAACAUUAAUGAAUUCCAUACCAAGAUCCACCGUGUUAACGAUCAAACCUAACCAGAAUGCACGACCUUUUCUGUAAAAAUUGUGGGUGUUUAACGUGGUUCUCAAAUCGCCCUCAUAAUAUAUUACUAUGCUACCUCUCUCUCCCCCAACCCCCCUCCCCCCAAAAAAUAAAUAGAUUAAGGCAUAAUCUGCAAAAAAUGCAUUUUUCCUAUGUAAGAUUUGUUUUCUACUGCCAUUGUUUAUAUUAUUAUGAUCGUCAUUUUUAUCUUGUUUUUCUUUUCUUAUUCAACGCGCUAAGUAGAUUCAAUUUUGAUUUUGACUUUUUUUUUUAAUUCUAGUCAUAAUUAAUGCUAACUUAUACCCUUAACUAUUCAUGUAUUUAGCUAGAUAUCUUGUGAUACAGUAAUACAACGUAACUUAUAAUCAUAUCAGUGGUUAACAUAUCUCUUUCUGCCUCCUUCGAAACGAUGAGUAUAUAUGAUAGAAAAAAACAAACCAUUUUAUAAUAAAUGAUUUAAGGAAUUGCCAUCAUAUCAGUAUCUAUGUCAAGAUCUAUUACCUAAUGUGUGUAAGAUAUUUUUAAAAUGUAUUUUCCUUUUCGAAUUGUACCACCCAGGAAAACUUUUUAUUUUGAAUAUGUUUCAAAUACCAUUAAGGGGAUAUACAUUUCCUUAUUUUCUGGUAUUAGUGAGAUAAUUUUGCAUUUACUAAACAGAAAAUUCAGAAUUGAUUUAACUUUUUUAACUAUGAAUUCUUACAAAACUUGUACUACGAGUAUUCUUGAGUUUUCAAUAAAAAUGUCUUGUGUUACA